GCUCCUCCAGGAAAAGUGGAAGAGGUGGUGAAGGUUGCUAUUGAUGCAGGCUACCGCCUCUUCGACUGUGCCUAUUUCUACCAGAACGAAAAUGAAAUAGGGAAUGCAGUCCAGCAGAAGAUCAAGGAGGGGGCUGUGAAACGGGAAGACCUCUUUAUUGUCACUAAGCUGUGGAACACAUUUCACGAGAGGUCCCUGGUGAAGGUAGCGUGCAAGAAGAGCCUCGCUGCACUGCAACUGGAUUACCUUGACCUCUACCUGAUACACUUCCCUAUGGGAUUCAAGGCUGGUGAAGAGCUGCAUCCUCUGGAUGACAAGGGGAUGAGUAUCCCCAGUGAUACAGAUUUUCUGGAUACGUGGGAGGCCAUGGAAGAGCUGGUGGAUGCUGGUCUGGUAAAAGCCAUUGGCAUCUCCAACUUCAACCAUGAGCAGAUUGAAAGAAUCUUGAACAAACCGGGACUGAAAUACAAGCCAGUAAAUAACCAG